AUGCUUCCUAAUCUCCGACCAUCGCUUGGUGUAGCUUCUACAGUGAUCGGGCAACGGACCGGUCUCGCAGCUGUCGUAGGCAUCCAGGCAGUCGCUGCUACGUCUGGAGCUUUUCGAACAUGCGCACGCCUCAGCACAGCAUUAUCCCCGACAGCGGUCACCUCACAAGCCAGCCGAAGCAUCAUACACGACAACCCAACCUUCCAGCAGCCCCGAGCAGCGAGCCCUACCUUCACACCGACGCCAACACCAUGGCGACCGACGACAACCCGCCUACCCCCAAUCACCGGCCCUCCUCCAUGGGCGCAACAACGCCGUUUCGCCUCAGACUGGUGGAACCGCUCCUUUAACGAGCGUGCCGACCCCUACGGCGUCCACCGCCGCUACGCCGACCCGCUCUUCACGAACCAAGACCUCAAGCGGGCCGCUCGGCACCAAAACACCAAAUAUCUUCUCGUCUUCUGCGUCGCGGGAACCGUCAUCUUCUACUUCAUCAACCUCGAGACGGUGCCCGUUUCGGGCCGUACGCGCUUCAACAUCUACUCGCGCAAGCUGGUACUCGAGGCCGGCGAACUCUCCUUCCGCCGCUUACUGUACGAUUUGCAAAAGCAAGGCGUUGCCAUCCUGCCUGACUGGGACUGGCGCACGCAGCGCGUGAAGCGGGUGAUGGCGAAACUGAUUCCCUUUAGCGGCAUGAAAGACGAAAAAUGGGAGAUUUUCGUGAUUGAUGAUCCGCACAAGGCCAACGCGUUCGUUUUGCCGGGCGGGAAGGUGUUUGUUUUCAGCGGGAUAUUGAACCUAGCCAGGACAGACUCGCAGUUGGCGACGGUGCUCGGUCACGAGAUUGCACAUAACGUCGCCGACCAUGUUGGCGAGCGCAUGUCGCAGACCCUGGGCCUGAAUAUCCUGCUCUAUAGUCUGGUGGUGCUCUGCGGCGCUUUGGGGCUUGGGGCUAUCAUCGCCCAGUUUGCGGGCGCGUGGGCGCUCGACACUGCGAUCUCGAACCCGAUGAGCCGCAAGCAGGAGAGCGAGGCGGAUUAUAUCGGCUUGAUGAUGAUGGCGGAGGCAUGCUAUGAUCCGCGGGAGGCGGUAACGUUUUGGGAGAAGAUGGAAAGGAUGUCAAAAGGAGAAGUGCCCGAGUGGAUGAGCACGCAUCCUUCGCACUCGAACAGAAUCGAAAAGAUCCUAGAGUGGUUGCCAGAAGCUCUGGAAAAGAGGGAGAGGAGUGAUUGCCGUACUACUUCCUCGUUUGCGGACCUCUUCAGGCAGGCGUUGUUGAAUGGUGCCAUAGAAAUUCGCCAGUAUUAGACUCGCUUCAGAGACUCUAUCUACUUCUGGAUAACGUCGUGAUCGCAUAAACAAGGGUGCCAAUGGGCGGAAGUGAUAUCAUAGGCAGCGAGGCGUUUUGUCUUUCUUUAUGGGA